CACAACGGGAACUGAACAAGGGAUGUACGUGUAUUUUGAAGCAGAUAACGGAGUAUCGAAUAGUUGGGCGGACCUGAUCGGUGAAAUCCUCAGCGCGUCUUCAGGAUCAUGUCUCACAUUCUGGUACCAUAUGUUUGGCAAUGCUGUUGGAAGUUUAGAAGUGUAUACCAUGGAUGAAGAUGACCAACAGUUUGGCCCUAUCUGGAGCACAUCGGGUUCACAAGGGGAUGUAUGGAUCAUGGGUAGUGCUGACGUCACGUUUGGUCGAGAAUUCAGGAUUGUUUUUAGGGCUACUGGUACAGAUGGGACAGAGGGUGAUAUUGCCUUGGACGACAUUGAUAUACAAAUAGGAGAAUGUAGCGAUGGAGAAGGACCAACGGCUAUACCAGUAGUUCCAAUGGCCUGUACAUUCGAAAGCAACCUGUGUUCAUACACCCAACUUGAUAGUGACCAAUUCGACUGGACAAGAACCUUCUGGCUAACCGACACUGAAAGCACCGGUCCAUCUUUUGACCACACCCGUGGGGACAGUAACGGAUAUUACGUCUACAUAGAUUCAACAAGCCGUACCCCUGGCGACAGGGCACAGCUUGCAGCUCCGACACAGAACCCGACCGGCACGGGAUCACCUAAGUGCUUGGUGUUCUGGUAUCAUAUGUACGGGGCGGAAGUCGAUAGAUUAAACGUGUAUCUGAGGCUGUUCAAGUCAGGAGUUGUAGAAGAUGAUCUCAUCUUUACCAAGUAUGGUUCACAAGGGAAUCAAUGGAUCAAAGCAGAGAAAGAGAUCACCACGAAUUAUAACUGGAUGAUUAUCUAUGAAGGUAUAAAUGGAGGUCAAUAUGGUGAUAUCGCACUGGAUGAUUUAAAUCUAUACGAUGGUGUAUGUCCAACACAAGUUGAGUGUGAUUUCGAGGUCGAUUUUUGUUUCUGGACGCAAGAACCAUCUAGCUCGUGGAAGUGGCUACGGAAUGCAGGUUCAACACCCAGUAGCAGCACUGGGCCAUCACGUGAUCACUCAACAGGCACUUCGUUUGGUUACUACGCAUACGUGAGUGCUUCUACUGCUGCUACUGGUUCUAAGGCACUUCUCUACAGUCCCAUCUACCUUGAUACAGAUUUGGAAUGCCUGAGGUUUUGGUAUCAUAUGUAUGGCAGUGACUUGGGUCAACUGACUGUUUAUACAGAAGAUCAAGUCACACUAAGUAACAGUGAUCCUUUGUUCAUAAGAAAUGGUCCUUCUGAUGAUUCCUGGAGGUUUGGUCAGGUUAGUAUAUCAUCAUCUCAUCGUUAUAAAGCUGUAAUUGAAGCUACACGUGGUGAUGGUGUCCAGGGAGAUAUCGCUAUUGAUGAUGUCGAGAUCAUCAGAGGGGCGUGUCCACCUCCAGGGUUCUGCGAUUUCCAAAGUGAUCUUUGCGGCUGGUCCCAAGAGGUAGUCCAGGACCAGUGGGAUUGGCUUAGAACAUCUGGAGGAACAGACAGUCCUAAUACAGGACCACAGGUAGACCACACCUAUGGAACAGGGGAAGGUUUUUACAUCUAUUUUGAGAACUCCUUUGUGACGUCAUCCAAUCUUGGACAGUCAGCAAUCCUGAAUAGUGAACAUUUCAGUCCUGUAGACUCCGCUUGCCUCAGCUUCUGGUACUAUAUGUAUGGAGAUGAUGUUGGUGAUCUUGAGGCUUGGAUGGACUAUACUUCCGGUCAAUCAAGAAAGCAUCUUUGGUCUAAGGAAGGAGAGGAAUAUUUUGCAUGGAGGAAUGUUAAAAUAGAUCUGAGCAGUCAGAGUGAAUUUAGGAUUCAGCUUUCAGCUGUAGCAAGGUUUGUUGGAGAUCAAGGCGACAUUGCAGUAGAUGACUUAGACAUUGAAAUGAAUGGAUGUUCAGAUAUUGGAACAGCGCCCCCAAUGGCCACAACGAAACCAACUGCCGCUCCUGUGCUAUCUAUCUGUAACUUUGAGGUGGAUUGGUGUGACUUCACAGUCUUGACGCCGAACUCACUCUCCUGGAAUCGAGGAUCUGGCAAACGAUCAUCAUAUAGUGGACCAUCAGUGGACCACACCUUGGGGAGUACCUCAGGAUACUACAUAUAUCUGGAUACCUCUACUGGUAGUAGUGGGGACUAUGCCCAGCUUUUAUCAGGGACAAUAACACCAAGCUCUGAUGGCGUCUGCCUAUUAUGGUGGUAUAACAUGAACGGACCUGAUAUCAAUAAGUUAGAGGUUUGGAAGUACGGAUCAAUCAAGGAAUGGGUAAGGGUUGGGCACCAGGGACCGGACUGGAAGCAAGGACAGCUCUUCCUCACAGGCAGCUUCAGGAAACAGGACCAAGUUCUUCCGUAA